GCCGGCUAGCGUCGCGUGCCGCCGCUUAAACGGCAUGCGACCGUCCAUCUCGUCUCGCUUGCACCAUCUACACCGUGCGCCCCUGUGCCGUCGGAGGCAUGCUGGGCGCGCGGCUCAAGUCAUGGAUGGAAGCGCAAUUGGGGCGGGCGAAGAAACGUAAACAGAAGCCGGCGAGGAAUGUCCCACCAGCUACACCGCAGCCCCCUCCACACCUGUCUUCCCCGGAAAGCGCUUAUAGCACCGGUUACUCAACAGAUGGCACCUCUCCUGGUUUGGCACCCGGUCCGCUUUCCGCUCCGCUCGUCGCUCCCCCGCCGCCGCCUGCGCCACCCACCACACACCUAUACCACGAACCGGCUAAGCGACGUUCAAGCACAACAAUCCGGCGAGCUGUUCCGGAACCAUCUAUUUGCGCAACUCCAUCUCCCCGACCACGUUGCAGGAUCAGAACGAAUCCAUGGCUUGGAGCGACCUCUCCCAACGCGAGACGGAAACAGCAUCCGUUGCAGCAGCAACAGUCGCUUCAAAUACCUCAGCAGCAUCCACACUUACACCACGCUCCUUAUUCGUUGGACUCUCAUCAGAAAUAUUCCUCUAGAUCGCCUCACCUCUCUCCGCACCUAUCUCCUCAUCUCUCUCCUCAUCUAUCUCCACACUUAUCUCCGCAUCUAUCACCUCAUUUAUCUCCUCGCAAGUCUCCCUACAUGUCGCCCCGUUUGUCUCCCGAACCAUAUUCAAUGUAUAGGGGUGGGUUAUCCAGUGACGAAGAGUGCCUCGGUAUCAAAAUAAGAAACCGGGAAACAGCUAUUCUCUCUGACUUGGACGUCGAUUCGGAUGGAGAUACGGGCUUGGAUGGUGGAGAUGAGGAUGAACCGGACAGCAGGUCGUCUCCGGGAAGAAGACGGGCCAGAAGACGUAGACCGCAACGACGUCCACCAAAAUCUGCAGGGACAACUCCUCCCCGAAUGCGUCGUCGAUGCCACGCGCCUUCAGCACCAGCUGUAAGGGAACGGGAUCCACUACUUGAAGCUGAUCGGGAGGCUGAGAGGAAAUACAGAGAGCUUAUCAGAGAAGCCGAGAAACUGCUAGUGACAGUCUCUAGAGCUCCGAUAGAACCACCUCACAACCCUCGUGUUAGAGAACUGAGGGCCACUGAGGUGGAAGCGCCACGAAGGAGUCCAGAGCGCACUCACGUUACCAACUUCAUCCGUGCCAACUCCCCUGAGCCUCCCCGGCGUCUAUCUCCCGUGGCCAGGCGCUCCCCCCUCGCCGCCCCCCCACAGACCUGUCCCCCUGGGCAAGUUCCUCCCCGCACUACACAACCCCCCUCGAACGCUGACAGACCACACUCUGAACCGCCGAAGAGAAAGGCGUAUGCUCGGGACGAGGUGCUACAAACGCUGGAGGGUCUCCGUAAGAGCUUGCAGCAGCAGUCAGCGCUGCUCGCCGUUCAGCGCACGCGGCUUGACUCGUUGUAACAGCAUUCAUUAGAAUCUUUAUUUACAUAUCCUUUUGUUGCGCCGGCUGCUUGAUAAUUUGAAUCUCAAAACAGUUUAGCGUCUCUGAAGUUAAUGGAAAAUUUCAUUUUGAUUUAAGCAUGUAUUUAACUCCUACAGUGUUACUUUUAGUUUCAUAAAACUGUAUCAAUAAUUAAUUUGUUAAUGUUAUAAAGUGAUGACAAUGGAAUGUUAUAGCUUUAAUUUUUUUGUAUUUUACAUUCAGUUCCGAAGUGAAAGUUCGAACAUCAAGUAGUCAGGCCGAAUCCAGUAGCUCUUCCAUAUUUCCUAGACAAAUCCCUCCAAAGAUAGUCUAGUCAUAUAAUUGGUAGUUAGCGUAGAUUUGUUAUUGUUUCGUAUGGGCGAGGCCAACUUUAUUAUACCAAUAGUAAUUGUAGCGUCAUUUAUUACUAGUAUAUGUACGGGCCCGUUGGAUCGUUUAGGUACUAUAUAUAUUUACUUGUAUAUCAUUGAUAUUCAUAUUUUGUAGACGUGUUGCUUCUCUGUUGAAUAAUACGUUUGUAUACACCGAAAUAAUAUAAGCAUAAUAAUAACCCAUGUAGACGUUAUAAUUUACAUUUUCUAGUUAUUGUCUUAUUUGAUAAGUACAGUAAAUUAUAAAUUGAGGUAUCACAAUGUAAUUUUGAAAUUAAAAUUCAUUAUUUUAGUCGACAACUUAAUCCUGGAUAGGUAUUAAUUUGGGCCCUGUGUAGGUUGGCACAUGUGUUGUAGUGUAGUGAGCACAGUACGAUAACAACAAUUUUUGCAUAGACAAACUAAACGAAGACUAGAUACUGUGACGUAAUGGUUUACAAAACUGUCUAUGUAGUUUGGUAAUGACAACCUUUAGUACGGAUACAGUUGGAAGUUGAGGCGACGGUGUAAGACUGCGUUUACAACAUAACUCUUUUGAGAUGUUUUUAAUAUGGCUGAUGCCUUUGUACCUACGACUGUUAAUGGAAAAAAACAUAAGACAAAAGAAGGUAAAUACCUACUCAUGAACUUCAGUUUUUUAAUUUUUAUAUUUAGACACGGACAGUACAUAAUAUGCUAUGACAUUCGUUUGACUUUAGUCUUUUGUUUGGGUCAACGAAAAGAAUUUGCCCCUCGGUUAAUUUAAAUUAUUCCUCAGUAUAUUUUAAUAAAUUUGUUAUAAAUGAUAUAUUUGUUUACGCCAGUAUGAAAGUCCGUCUCGAUUUUAAAUAUUCCAGUGACGCGCGCUACUACCUUAAUGUUGUUUUUUUUAUAUUAUAAUAUGAAUCUUGAGUGUUUGAAAUCGGGACACAUAAUUAAUAAAAAUAUUAGGAACUGUAUUCCUGUAGUAAAUUUUAUAUUAUUGAUGUUUUAAAUGGUCUUUUUAACGUGACAUAAAUGCAUUUUAUUUAUACAUUUAUUUAAAAGGCAUCAGUCACAUGUCAAGGGUGCCCAGUGUACCAUAUUUUUGUUAAAUAAAAUUUUGCAUGAAAACGCAAAUGUAUAGCGUCUUUCAGCGAUAUGUAAAUAUUAACCCAUUUACUUGUUUAUUGUAAGUAUAAAUAAGAUUUAUACGUUUAGUUGAAUUUUCAUUAAAAUAUUAAACCAC